AUGGCACCUCCUCCUUCUUCUUCUUAUGCUGCUGUUUCAUUUCAUCCCAAAAUUUAUGAUGUUUUCAUUAGCUUUAGAGGUGAGGACACUCAGAGCAACUUCACAAGCCACCUUCGUUCUGCUAUUUGUCAAAAGCAGAUCGAAGUAUACAUGGAUGACGAAAUGAAGAGAGGAGAUGAGAUCUCACCAGCACUUAUCAAAGCAAUUGAAGAUUCAUACAUAUCGGUCAUCGUUUUCUCAGAAGAUUAUGCUUCCUCAAAGUGGUGCUUGGAUGAACUCCUUAAAAUACUCGAAUGCAGGAACAAGGGACAGGAUGUGAUACCUGUCUUCUAUAAAAUUGACCCAUCAAAUGUGCGGAACCAGAGAGGGAGUUACAAGAAAGCCUUCAAAAAACACAAGAGAGAUUUCAGCGAAGACAAGUUGAGCAAGUGGAAACAAGCUCUGUUUGAAGCAGCCAAUCUAGCUGGGUGGGACUCUAGAAAAUACGGGGACGAACAGACACUAAUUCAAAAGAUUGUCGAAGAGGUUUUGGAAAAAUUGGAAUCCAAGUACCCACCAAGGGAAUCAAAAUGCCCUUUUGGGACCGAUGAAAACCUUGCACCUAUUGAAUCAUUAUUAAGAGAAUUUCAAAUCAUUGGAAUUUGGGGCAUGGGUGGCAUAGGUAAAACCACCAUUGCUAAAUGGUUAUUUGGCAAAUACUCUUCUCAAUAUGAAGGAUCGUGUUUUAUGGAAAAUAUAAGGGAAAAUUUUGAAAAAGAUAAACACGCACUACGCAAUGAUCUCGUUUCCAAGCUUCUAGAGGAAUAUGAGAGAAAAAUCAAUGUGGAAUCCGUUGUUGUUAAGAGAAGGCUUUCUCGUAAAAGAGUUUUCGUUGUGCUUGAUGAUGUGAGUUCUUCAAAGCAAUUAGAAUAUCUGGAUGGAGAACUUCAAUGCUUUGGAUCAGGUAGUAGAAUCAUCAUUACAUCCAGAAACAUGCAUGUCCUCCUCUGGAAAGGAGUUGAUGAAAUAAAAAUACAUCAUGUUAAGGAAUUGAACCCAAAGGAUUCCCUGCAACUUUUCAGCUUGAAUGCCUUCAAACACAACCAUCCUUUAACGGGAUACGAAGUGUUAUCAAAUAGAGCAAUUGCUUAUGCUAAAGGCUUGCCAUUAGUCUUAAAGGUUGUAGGUUGUUUUCUUCAUUCAAAAACUAAAAAUGAAUGGGAAAGUGAACUACAAAAAUUAAAAAGGAUUCCCGAUGAUGAAAUUCAAAGUAAGUUACAAUUGAGCUAUGAAGGAUUAGAUGAUCAAGAGAAGGACAUAUUUCUAGACAUUGCAUGCUUUUUGAAGGGAAAACGUGAAGAGCAUGUCGUGAGCCUGUUAAAUGACUUCAAUCCCCGUAUUGGCUUAAGAAAUCUUCAAGAUAAUGCUCUUAUAACUAUAGAGCAUGAUUUCGUAAAGAUGCAUGACUUGAUACAAGAAAUGGGUCGGGAGAUUGUUCGUCAAGAAUCUAUCAAAGAUCCUGGAAAACGCAGCCGAUUGUGGGAUCCAGAGGACGUCUAUGAUGUAUUGAAAUAUAACAGGGGAACUGAUAAAGUUGAAGGCAUAAAUUUAGAUAUGUCCCAAAUCAGAGAUCUAUGUUUGAGUGUUGACACAUUCAGAAACAUGAUUAAUCUAAGAUAUCUGAAAUUAUAUUUGCCGUAUGGUGUUAGAGAUUGUAGUAUGUUGUCCCUUGCUGCAGGUGUCCAAUUAUUUUCUAAUCAAUUAAGGUAUCUCGCGUGGGAUAGAUACCUUUCAAAGUCUCUUCCAUUAAUGUUUUGUACGGAAAAGCUUGUUGAGCUUUCAAUGCCAGACAACCACCUUGAGAAGCUUUGGGAUGGAGUGCAGGAUUUGGUGAAUCUAAAGAGAAUAAACCUUCGUGGAUCCACAAGGUUAAUGGAACUCCCAGAUUUCUCUAUGUCGACAAAUCUUGAAACAGUAGAGCUCUCCGAUUGUGUAAGUUUGUGUCAUAUUCAUCCAUCUGUGUUAUCUAUCCACUCGCUUGUUACUUUGCGGUUAUCUCGGUGCAAAAGUUUGAUCAGUCUUGAAAGUGAGAUUCACUUAAAAUCUCUUGAAUUUCUUUUCUUUGAUGACUGCUCAAGCCUCAAGAAAUUUUCGGUGUCGUCGGAGGAAAUUAGAGAAUUGAAUUUCUGGUGCACAAGCAUUGAAAUAUUGUCUUCAGCUAUUAAUCAUCUCAGGAGACUUGAAAGUCUCACACUCGAUGGCUCAAAACUUGAGAAACUUCCAGAUGGGUUAUCAGGUUUGAGAAAUCUUAAAAGACUCUUCAUUUACAAUUGCCCCAAACUAAGGAUUUACGAACAAGAGCUACGUAACAUUUUUGAUGGCUUGCAGUCCUUAACACAUCUUUGUUUGAACGUGGGAAGUGACUUUUCUGAGUUACCUGACAACAUUAGUGUAUUAUCAUUGUUGCACUCAUUAGAUCUAAGCAGAAGCAAUAUCAAGUGUUUGCCUGGAAACAUAAAGCAACUUACAAAGCUGAGAGUUCUUCGCUUAAGAGAUUGCAAGAGGCUUGAGUCUCUCCCAGAGCUUCCACAAUUCAUUACACAUUUGGAUCUAAGCGGAAGCAAUAUCAUGUGUUUGCCUGGAAACAUAAAGCAACUUACAAAGCUGAGCUUUCUUGAUUUAAGUCAUUGCAAGAGGCUUGAGUCUUUCCCAGAGCUUCCACUAUCAAUAACAAAGUUACAUCUUGAAGGAAACAAUAUUGAGAGUUUGCCUAACAGAAUCAGGGAAAAUAUAAAUUUAAGACAUCUUGAGUUAAGUGAAUGCAAGAGUCUUCGAUCUCUUCAAUGGCUUCCACAAUCAAUUGAACUUUUAGAUGCCACUAACCGUGAUUUAUUGUGGGAUUUACUGAAAAUAUUUUAUUUUGGAAAUUGCAUGAACUGGGAUGAAGAUUCAAUUUCCUCUAUUUUGGGAAAGGCCGUCAAAAUUCACUUUCCAGAAUGCUCCAGAGAUAAUUGGACACCAAGGAAUUUCAUGACUAUUAAACUUGAUCGACCUGCAGAGAUAGUGACUUAUGUUUUCUGUGUAGUACUUUCUCCGUUCUCCUCCAAUCAAGGUAAAGGCACUUUUUCUAUCAGAUGCUAUCAAGAUGUUAACACACAUCGAAAUAUGUACUCUGCAUCUCUUAAACCUAUCAGAGGAUUUAUUGGUUUGAAAUGGAAAGCUACUAGAGAAUUGAAUUCUGAUUAUGUUUACGUAUGGUGUCAAUCAGUUGAUUACUUUCCCAAACAAAGUGCCACUUGCAACUCAUCAUUCAAAUUCGUUGUUGAAAGUAAUCGAAAUGGUGAGCCACAUCCCGAUAUCACAAUCAAAGAGUGUGGAGUGUGCCCAAUAUAUACUUUUUACAAAGCUUCUUAGUGAAUGUUGUAAAUAAUAGUUUAGAAUAGUAGUAUAGAAGUCACAUAUCAUGUAUAUCACUUUAAAUUUUCUUUCUUUUAAGUUAUAUAAUAGA